AUGUAAGCUGGUGGUACAGCAAAGUUAUAAAAGUAGCCUAUCGGCUUGCGAAUUUGACUGCCAAGGAAAUCAACUCAACAUGCUACUAUCUAAUAGAGAAAUGCUUCAUUUAAUGAAAUGAAGAAAUGAAGCGUUUGCAUAUACAGCUAUUACAGUUUUAUGGAAAUAUUUGGUUUGCAAGAUAAGCCAAGUAAUUUUUCAGUUUUGUCGUUUUUCUCUUUUUGAUGAAUUCAAAAUUGGCCCUGUGAGUUGUUCUAAACCUUUAACAAAUCAAAAACCAGGCAAAUUGUUCUGCUGUGUUUUGUUGACAAUUUCCCUUUUUAGGUGGCUGAGAAGGUCAAUGUAAUCAAUGUGAAGCUAAAAAACAAUUAAUAAAAUAAAAAGUACAGCCAACAUUCUUUUUUUACAGCCAGCAACUUAACAAUUUGCCAACUUUAUCACAUCUUACUGGCAGAGCUAUAGCACCAGUUCUUCCUAUUUUGUCCAUCAAAAGCGCCAUAAGACUGGUUUAUCUUGGCCGCAAGUCUUUGUUGAACCAGGCGGAAGAAUCCUUUGUAUGUUGUGAGCCCGACAUUUAAAUAUACUGAAAAGUUUUCACUUUUAAUCUGCUUUAAAGUAAAAACAAAUCGAACACCAACCUUCAACAUCAAUAAAAAGUCAGAUAAACACUGAAGAAGCAUGAUUCCUCCUGUUUCUGUUAUCUCAUGGUCAAUGUAGAGUUCACCAUCACUAUUUUCAGCUCAAUCUAUGUGUUUCACUCUGACAGUUCUUUUUCUAUAUUUCUGUAUUAGGUUCAUAGCAAACAUAGCCCCAGAUAAUGAGUAGUAUAUCCAGCUACCAGAAAAAAUAAAAUGAAUUAUUCCAUGUCAACAACAAGGUGAAAUAACUGCUUCUAGCAUCUGCUGACGAAGGUAAAUGCUGCAAAGCUAAAUGCUGCUAAUCUAAACCUUGCUGAAUCCUGCUAGGCAACAAGGUGAUAAUGUUGACAAACUACAACUAAAGACUACAAAAGCUACAAGUUGCUGAGUGAAACACUGUUAAACCCACAGAAAUAUAAUUUGCUAAACUAUGCCGAUGCCCACUGGAGUGAGUGGGAAGACCAGAUUCUAUCCACCCAGUUUUGGAACAAAGAGCUUGUUUGUGUGACUUGUUAUUAACUCUUAAACAAUGUUAAAUAUUAGAUCUCAUGACUAACCAAAAUCAAAGCACACAAUUUUCAAUGCUUGCUAGAUUGAACAAUUACCAUAAACGUUCUGGUUUUACAGCUUGAUUCUCAUUCUGUUUGUUUUAUUUACAAAAUAAGUGCAUUUAUUGUCUCAUUAUUUCUUUAUCACAGGUUCACCCUCUUUAAAUUUCUCUAGAAACUUAAAACUGAAUGCAUCAUGACACAGUUUAUGCCCACAAUUUUUUAUGCAGUUUUCUAUAAGUGGAGAAGCCAAGCAAUUGCAGAUUAAUAACAUUUUUUGAGCUAUUGUAUGUUUAUACUGAUCUUUUUCUCAAAAGAGAUGACUUUAAAUUGAGUUUGAAUAUCAUAGUUUAACCUUUUUUCAGGUAGUCACCUGGAAGGACCAGGAGCCCCACCUGCUGGACAUGCUGGAGAUUGCAUGUGAUUCUGAAAGAAAAAAAACUAUUGCUGUAAUUAUAAUUUCAAGUUUCACCUGUUCCCUGCAGACGUUUCUGGGGUUGAUAACACAGCACGUAGAGUUAGACUCAGGGAAAACCUGCUGUUGAAAGAUGAAAAUACCCUAUCUGCUGGGAAUAUUCUCAAGGACACAACAACUUCAACAUUUCAGUGCAUAAUAGGGAGGUUUAAAAUUAAUGUGCAGGCUGGAGAUUAAUUAACAAGGAUGAUGCAAGAAAGCCGCCAGCUGCACAGUUUUAGACAUCUGCAGGCUGUGGAGCAUCACAGAGGUGGAGUCAGCUCGGCGAUUGGCCAGAGGGGGAACAGAUCACAACCCUGGGGAGCAACACCACACCCAACCGAGAGUGUCUGAGUCUCGUCCAAAACAUAUUCUUCUCUUUCUCUGUUUCUUGGAGAUUAAACGGCUGCAGGCUGAUAACUUGUCAAGAUGAACGCUUACACAACUCCCUCCCCUCUGACUCAAACAUCAACUGACACCUUUCCAACUUUUUCAGAUCUUGUGACCAAGAUCGGGAAGAAGGAUAUCUACAGCAGCACAGAGGAUUUUGUAGCUUUGGUCGGAGGUAUCAUCACUGUGGUACUGCUGGUCUUCCUCUGUACUAUCGCCAUUUUGCUGUGGUGUCUGUCCAGACAGAAAGGCUCAUACGUCACCAACGAGACGGAUGAUUAUGAUGAGAUCGACAACGAAGAUGAUGAGUCUGUCGGCUCUGAUGUGGCGCUUCAGUCCAAGGAGCCUCUGAAGACUGUCAAAGAGGACUGAAGGGGAACUAAACAUGUCUUCCCAACAUAAAUUCCCCUAAAGAACUGACUAGAUUUAUUUUUUGAAUGAAAGCAUAAGAAUAUAACAAAAUAAUUUAGCAUGUUUUUUGAUUAGCUUAUUUUGUAAAACUGUGACUGUGCACAUCAACCCCUAUGAAAAGCCAAUGAGAUGUGAUAGUAAUGUGAUUAUUUUCAGUAGUUUUGUUUGAUUAAUUCAUGCUGCAAAUAUAUAAUUUUAUUACUAAUGAUGUGUUUCACUUAGUUCAUGUCUUAUAUUUAAAUGGGCUAGUUUGAGACUGACUUUGGUUCUCCAGGAUGGGUUAGAGGAACUAAAAUACCUAUUCAUCACUUUGUAUAAACUCCUGUGUGAUAAACACUAGGCAACUCAGAUAAACUCUGCUCAUUCAUUUGUCAGUCCCUUCAAAGGAGACAAACUGUUUUCUGGAUAAAAUUAUCUUUUUAAAUGGGCAUUUGUCAAAUGGAUGGAUGGCUGCUUACUGGGGACACAAAAAAAGAAAGGAAUGACUACUUUCUGUACAAAUAUCAUCUAUGCAGAGUAACCGGGGAAGGGGGAAAGUUUAUCCUCUCACACUAUUUUUUUCUUUCUUAAAUCAAAGCUUUGUCAGAUGAUACCAGGCUUAAAAAAGAUACAGGUAAUGUUAGCAUUUAAAUGGAGUAAAACAUUAACUUUCCAGUGCUGUAUGUUUAAAAACCCAUUUGUUUAGAGUUGCUUUUGACUGUUCUAUUUAAACUAUUUACUAAAACAUCAUUUUUUGGUCUGUAGUCACACUUUUCUUUCCUAUCUUUCUUUAUUCCACUGGUCUGUGGCAUAAAAAGAUCUUCAGAACUGUG